CCCUCCAUUGUUCAUCCGGACUCAGUCCAGCCCUGUCAGAGCCCGGUGAGUACUCCGUGGAGCUGAUGUGGUGUUGGCGUCUGGCUGCGGGAGCCUCGGUGGUAUUUCAGCGUUGAGGGAGUGUUUCCUUUCUGAGAUUGUGUAGAAGAUUUUGGUUGUGAGGGGGUUUGUGGGUCUUGUCGUAUUGUGCCGCAGAGGAGUCGAAGAGAGCGAGCGAGCGAGGAGGAGAGACCGGAGGGAGAGAUGGGACGGAAGGAGGGUGUGAUUGCGCUCUUCGAUGUGGAUGGCACCCUCACGCCUCCUCGGAAGGAGGUGUCAGCGGACAUGCUCCAGUUUCUCCAGGACUUACGUCAGGUGGUCACCAUAGGUGUUGUGGGAGGUUCGGAUCUCGUCAAGAUCUCAGAACAACUUGGGAAAACUGCUGUUACGGAUUACGACUACGUUUUUUCUGAGAAUGGGUUGGUUGCCCACAAGGCGGGAAAGCUUAUCGGAAGCCAGAGUCUGAAGUCACACUUGGGAGAGGCAAAGUUGAAAGAAUUCAUCAACUUUGUGCUUCACUACAUUGCUGAUCUUGAUAUCCCCAUUAAGAGGGGAACUUUCGUCGAGUUUCGCAUGGGUAUGCUCAAUGUUUCUCCAAUCGGCCGCAACUGCAGCCAAGAAGAGCGUGACGAGUUUGAGCGUUAUGAUAAGAUCCACAACGUGAGGAAGCAGUUCGUGGAUAUCCUCAAGGAGAAGUUUGCGGACUACAGCUUGACAUUCUCCAUUGGUGGUCAAAUCAGUUUCGAUGUGUUUCCCAAGGGAUGGGAUAAGACAUUCUGCCUGCAAUUCGUUGAGAACGAAUUCUCCGAGAUCCAUUUCUUUGGUGACAAAACCUACCAGGGUGGCAACGACCACGAAAUCUUUGAGUCCGAGAAGACCAUCGGUCACACUGUGACUAGUCCUGAAGACACAAUUAGACAGUGCUCCGAGCUUUUUCUGUCUUGCAGCAUUCCGAGUUAAAUUAUGUCUUAGCAAACUGAGCCAUUAGCGAGCAGCAGGCCUAUUUGGCAGUUCUGUUUCCACUGUAGCUUACAAGCCUUGUCUGCUCAUUUGCAGUCUCCUUCGAUGAUUGUAUUCUUUGAGUUAUUGUGUUCAAAUAAAGCAUGUAGUCAUAUGCAAA